AUAUUACUUAGCAAAAAUAAUACAUUUUUAAAUUAAAAAAAGAAGAAGCAAAAAGCUGAUGUUUUGGAAACAUAUCAUUUAAUUUGAUCAAAUUUAUUUGUCAUAAUAAUAUAUAGAAAAAACAACCCAAAUUCUGUAUAAAAAGCGUGGGAUAUCAACAGAACAGCUUAAGAGACAGUUAACCAAAAUGAAAUUAUCUUCGUUUCUGUUACUCACAACUCACAACAUCUAAAAAAAGCUCCCCCUUUCAUUUUUUUUUUUUUCUGAAACAGAGCUUCUCUUUCGUUUUUGAAAUUUUGCUUCCAAUUUUUUCAACUUUUCUUCCUCAUUUAGAUUUUUUUUCCGCUUGUGGUUGCGAUUGUUCGGCGCCGUAAAAAAGCGUUCGGACGUGAUCGGAGCUUCUCUGCAUGGCGGUUUGCUUCCGAGGGAGUACGCGAAGGAGAUCGAGCUCUGCGAAUUUCUCCGUCGUUUAAAUUUCGUUUCUCCCUGUGGAUUCUGCGAACGGCAAAAGCGAUUUUCGGGGUGUUUCCGUGAGAUGAGAAACGGAGGUUAAUGGGGAGAUUGAGAACAGCUUUUCUGGCGAUCUCUCUCGUUAUAUUUAUUUGUGUUUCCGAGGAGAUUAUUGCUCGAGACGGUGCGAAUCGGUUACGAUUCUCCGUCUCCGUUAACCGGAAUUCUACUAAUUACGGCGAAUCUCACGGUGGCGAUGUGGCAGAGCAAACAUGGAUUCAUUGUAGAAAAGAAUUGAAAGAUAAGAAGAACAAAGAUUGUCUUCUCUAUAUCCCUCGUGAAGCAGCUGCUAAUGAGUACCUGAAACUCUCCUUCUUAACCGGUCUAACCAUUCAUCAAAUCCAGAAUUCGAGGGAAGAGACCGGUUAUCGGAAUUGGUUCAACAAUUGGUUUGCAAGAAGGGAGCUGAUCAGCAGUAAGGCAAAGAAGUUUAGAGUCUCUGCUCCAAACUUCGCACUUGGUCCUGCCCCAGGUUUUGCACCUGGUUUAGCGCCCGGUCCUGCUCCAACCCCUCAAAGUCAUGAUUUGGCACCUGCAAGCUCUCCUUCUCAACCACCGUAUUCGCCGGCCGAAGCACCGGAUGAACCAAGUCCCGCUCCACCACCAAAGAGAAAACCGAGCGUUGCUCCUAGUCAAAGUGUUCCAGGUCCUCCUCCUCCUCCACCGGCGAAGAAGAGUGAUCAUAUGUUGAUGAAACUUAUCAUCGCCGUUGCUUCAACCGCUGUGAUAACGUUCGUUCUCGUUGCAUUGCUGUUCUUGUGUUGCUUCAAACGCAAUCGCAACAACGCGGUUGGUCCUGCAGAUGGACCAAGAGACGAAGGACCACUUCUACAUUUAAGUAACUUAUCAGUUGGUAAGUACCAACAAGAUUCAAGCUUUUUUCCUUCUCUAUCUCAUUCGAGAAUCGUAACUCAGUUUUGCACUCUUUCAGGAUCUAGUGAGAACUCUCCCACUGUUGCAAACACGAGCAGAAAGUUUUUCAGUGCUACUUCUAAAAAGAGGUCUUUUCUUUCGAGAGUAUCGUUGAAGAGAAACGGUCCUGAGUUCUCAACAGCUGAAGCGCCUUCGUCAUUAACUGGACUUCCUCCAUUGAAGCUUCCCCCUGGAAGAUCAGCUCCUCCUCCGCCUCCAGCUCCAGCUCCAGCUCCAACUCCACAGCCUCCGCCACCACCUCCUCCUAAACCACAGCCUCCUCCACCGCCUAAACUUGUUCGUCCUCCACCUGCACCACCACCAAAAGGUGUGGCACCAAAACGCCAAGGACACAGUUCCUCUGGAGAUGGAUCUGAUGUUGAUUCCGAGACUGGAGCUCCGAAAACCAAACUAAAGCCGUUUUUCUGGGAUAAAAUGGCGAACCCUGAUCAGAAAAUGGUUUGGCAUGAGAUCAGCGCCGGUUCAUUCCAGUUCAACGAAGAAGCGAUGGAGUCUCUGUUCGGUUACAAUGAUGGGAACAAAAACAAGAAUGCUCAAAGAGGAGAUUCAUCUCGAGAAUCUCCUGUCCAGUAUAUACAGAUCAUUGACGCAAGGAAAGCCCAAAACUUAUCUAUUCUUCUCCGAGCUUUGAAUGUAACAACAGAGGAAGUCGUCGAUGCCAUCAAAGAAGGUAUAAAUGACUCUUUCUCUUUUCUUCAACUCGCUUCUCCAUUAGUACUGAAAAUGCGAUUUCUUCUCUGUUAUCAAGGUAAUGAGCUCCCUGUCGAGCUCCUACAAACAUUGCUGAAGAUGGCUCCAACUUCAGAAGAAGAACUCAAACUUAGGCUAUACUCGGGCGAUCUUCACCUUCUUGGUCCCGCAGAGAGAUUCCUGAAAAUUCUUGUCGAUAUACCUUUCGCAUUCAAACGUAUAGAGUCGCUUCUAUUCAUGAUCUCACUUCAAGAAGAAGUCUCUGGCCUCAAAGAAUCUCUCGCAACUCUCGAGGUGGCUUGCAAGAAACUAAAGAACAGCAGACUAUUCCUAAAACUACUAGAAGCAGUUCUCAAGACAGGAAACCGGAUGAAUGUAGGAACUUUCCGUGGCGACGCGCAAGCUUUCAAGCUCGACACGCUCUUGAAACUCUCUGACGUCAAAGGAACUGAUGGCAAAACCACGCUCCUACACUUUGUUGUUCUUGAGAUCAUUCGUUCCGAAGGAGUUCGUGCUCUCCGCCUCCAGAGAUCAAGCCGAAGCUUCUCGAGCGUGAAAACAGACGAUAGCAACAACUCAGAUUCAAGCCCACAAUCAGUAGAGCGUUACCGGAGCACGGGACUUCAGGUGGUUUCGGGAUUAACCAUAGAGCUCGAGGAUGUCAAGAGAGCAGCGAUCAUAGACGGUGACGGAUUAGCUGCGACGUUGACGAACCUAAGCGGCUCGCUUACGAAUGCGAGGGAGUUUCUGAAAUCGAUGGACGAAGAGAGCGAUUUCGAGAAGGCUUUAGCUGGAUUCAUAGAGCGUGCUGAUGCUGAUAUCAGAUGGUUGAAGGAAGAAGAAGAGAGGAUCAUGGCGUUGGUGAAAAGCUCAGCUGAUUAUUUCCAUGGGAAAUCUGCGAAGAGCGAAGGGAUUCGUUUGUUCGCUAUAGUGCGUGAGUUUCUGGUGAUGUUGGAGAAAGUUUGUAGAGAGGUUAAGGAGACGACGAAGACGAGGAGCUAUUCGGGUAAGAAGGAAGUCGAAACGACUCCGGAAAGUAGUCAACCGUCACCGGACAUCGUUCGACAGCGUUUGUUUCCGGCGAUUGCUGAACGGAGGAAUUACAGUUCGGAUUCAUCAGACGAUGAUGAUGACGCUGAUGAUGAGAGUAGUAGUUCAUCUUAUUCUUAGUUAUUGAUCUUCCGGCUAAAGUUGCGGUUGAAGACGCCGUUUGGGAGGAGAUUGGUCGCCGGAAACCUAGAAAAGAAGAGAAAGUGGGGAAGCCGGAAAAUUUUAUGUUCGACAAAAAAGGCGUGGAAAUGUCUCUCCCGUUGACCCAGUAAGUUGUUAGCUGAUCCGAAGACGAAAUUGCCCGAUAUUAUUAUACUUUUUCAAAAAGAACAUUAAAUAUAUACAUUAUCUUAUAUUUGUAUAACUGCUGUAUGGUAUACGCAUUUUUUAGAUGUCCAUGGAAAGAAAAAAAAAAGUUUAUGUUUGACAUUUUCCAAUUAGAAAUUCAAAUUUUUGGCAAUUUUGUUUGGUAA